GUUAGUUACACAUGUUUUCACCCCUGUUCUUACACCGUUUGAGAUGUGGUUUCUCGUGUUUUAGACCGAUUUCACGCUAGGUUGUGCUUGUUUGUGAUAUUUCAGGUCCUGGCAAGUGAAUGAAGGUUUAGGAGCGAGUUCGGGGUCGAUUGGGCGAAGAUCAGGCGCAAGACAAGUCGCAAAGGAGGUCACACGGGCUACCCUGAUGUUCACACGGCCGCGCGAGAGGCCAGUCUAGCCGUGUGACAUUCUGCGAGAGCAGACACGGGCAGAGCAGCAGAUUGACACGGCCGUGUAAGUGGCCGGGUUGGCCGUGCCACAUUCGCCGAGAGCAGACACGGGCAGAAGGAAGUCACACACGGCCGUGCCACACUGGCCGUGUAAGAAGCCUGGAAUUCGACUAAGUGAUACGGUGCGUUUUGUCUCACACGGGCAACUGGGUAGGCCACACGGCCGUGCCACCCUGCCCGUGUGAGUCGGGAUUUCCUGGUUUUAAGCCAAAUUCCGAACCAAAGAAGAGGAGAGCUGGGUUUUGGAUCCCAAACACCCAAGGGACGAACCAAAGAGAGAGAGGGCGAUUUGAGGGCAUUCUUGGAGUGGAGUUGGAGGAUUUCUUCGCCUUGGAAGCUCGAGGAACAAGCCCGGACUUGAAGACUGAUCAUCUGAAGAUUCUUACUGCAGUCUCUCUCUUCUCUAUGGAGUAACUUCCCUUCACUUAGGUUUUGAGGAACCCUAGCUAUGUUUGUUUGAUUGGAUGAUUGUAUGAGUACUCUGACUGGAUAAUCUUGAGUUCAUAUUCAAUCUAUGCAUGUUUUCAUGAUUCAAUUCUGCUUUAGUCGAGAUUAUUGAUUCUGCUUUGAUUCUAUGAGAGGGAAUACCUGAUUAGGUCAAUAGAGCACCAUAGAUUGAUAGUAGUGGAUCGAUUGCUUUAGUCGAGGGUUGAUUCACUGCUUUGUAUCGAUUGAGAACCUCUUUCGAUAGAGGGAGUCUAGUUCAGAACGCCUUGAUCAGUUGUUCUAGAGAAGGAUACGUCCCUCUAGGCAAUUGACUCAAGAGGGCCUUGUUCCUUUAGUCGAGACUCAAGGUCUAGUCAAGGAUUCUCCGCAUUGUGAAUGAAAGUGAAACAGGUUAGAGAUCAUCAAUCAUUAAUCUGGCUAGUGGCUAGGGGGAAUCAUACCUAAGUGAGUUCCCAACCUGUAAUUAGAUUAACUUUAACUGUAGUUUGCUAGAGUAGUUUUAGUUCUUUCAUCUUAAUCUGGUUUGCUAAAUAAUAAACUGAAGCUGAGUAAUAGUAACUCUAGAGACCCGUGGAUUCGAUAUUUAUCACUUGAGCCACAAUACUGCAGUCCCUUUCAUUGGUUACACUUGGCCUUUGUUAGGUGUUGUGUCGUAGCGAGUCAAGUUUUUGGCGCCGUUGCCGGGGACUUUCUAGAGUAUUAGGAAAGGCAGAAGUUUGUUACUUUAGCGUUUUUCGUUUCUUUUCUUUUCCACCCUUGCUUUUCACUUGGGUGUUUUUGUUUUUGUUGGUGCAAAUCUGAAUCAUGGAUCCUAAUGGCUUCUCCAAUCAUUGGGGGUAUCCACCACCAUCUGGGUGGUAUUACCCCGAGACUCCCUGGAGCAAUCAAGGCGGAGAAGACUAUGGAUUCGGGUUCCAGUACCAACCCCCUUACUACGGAGAACAACCGGACCCCUGGGCAUAUCAAGAACAACCUCAUUAUCAAGAAGAAUUUCUCCCACAACCAGAAGGGCCAUCGGCGCUGGAGUUACUCAUGGAGCAGUUUGCUCGAGACUGUGAGAGAACAUGCUCCAGGAUGGAUCAGUGUGUCCAGGCCUAUCGUGAAACAGAUGAGAUCCUCCUGAGCCUUAAGAAGAGCGUCGAUGAUCUUGAGCGAUCUUGGGCGCAACAUGCUCCAGAUCACCCUUCUGCUACCAUACAAGAAGAGGAGGAGGAAGAAGAAGGCUACAAGGGCAUUGUGGAACACACUGAAGUUGUCACGGAGAGCUCCCGUGAUGAUCAUGAUCAGGCGUUUCAUGUCGUAGCCGACCACACCUUCCCACACCCCAAACUGAGCUUUGAAGAGGCGGGCAUGAGUGAGGAGAUGCAAGAAGAUCUCAUGAAAGAAAUUGCUUGGCAACUUGCUCUCCAAUCCGUGCUAGAAGAAGAAGAGCAACAAAGGGUGCAGAAAGAAGUUGUGGAGGAUGACGAAAGUGAAGCAGGAGGAGUUCUUGAUCAUUUCCCAGGGGUGAUACCACAUGAAGAAGAAAGGGGGGUUGAAGAAGCAAUUGGCGUCCAGGCUGAGGACGAAGUUGAGGUGGAAGAGGCUUGCACCGGCCAUGAGUUACAUGUGAUAUCUUCACCAAACUUCGAGGAACUGCUUAGCAAGGACCCAUUUGCAGGGUCUCUUUGCCAGACCAAGGCCACAUCGACAUCGGUCCCUCUUGGUGGACGCGAUGGUGGCCAAUCGAUGCUGUCUUAUCUGGUUUGGAGCAAUGAGACGAGAGAAGAGAAGAAGAGGUCUCGAGGGUGGAGACUUCAUCUGCAUCAAGUACAUGAGCCUUCAUCACCUGCCACAUCACAUGCUCAUGACUUGAGACUCCACCUCAUCGACGAGAACCUCAACUUCAAGGAGGUUCUAGCAUGGACCGAAACUUAGGAGCCAUCGUCCGGCUCACGACGUGAAAGAAGCGCUUGUUGGGAGGCAACCCAACCAGUCGGUUUGCAUCUCUUUCUCUAUUUCUCCUCGGUUGAGUCAGUUUUGUUAUUUGAUUUUAGAGUCAAUAACUCAACCUUUGUGAGAUUUUGUGUGGUGUUUGUGUUCUGAUUACUCUCUCUUUCUGGAAUGCACCGCCUGACCCGUACAUCAUCAUUCACCCUUGAUCUGGUAACUUCGUUCUACCCUCCUUAUCUUUCCUCCAUUGAGGACAAUGUCGUGCUUAAGUGUGGGGGGAUGUUCGAUUAUUUAUGCGGGUGAAUGUUUGGCUGUUUGUGUGCUUGGAGCCUAGUCCACUGUCCAAAUUUUUAAAUUUGAGGGCUCCAAGUACGUGUUUCCUUGCAAUUGCCUGCUCAGUAUGCUUUGAAUUGACAGUCUUUAUAGUAAUAUGCAACCUAGGGAGGUAGUGUAGCACUAUGGAGGAUGUUGAGGCAUUUAAGAAGUCUCAUUUCUUCUUCAUAUUGAGUUGGUUGAUUGAGUGAAUUAGUGAUCUUAGGACCCUUGAAUUGUGUGGUGUUGUGGAUUCUCUGCCUGUCAUGGACUCUUGUAUCAUGUUUUGAAAAUAACAGGUGCUCGAAAAUGUGCUUCAAAAUAAACGUCUCCCGUGCGAAUAGGGCGAAAGUGUGUAAGGGGAGACGGGAAUCCGUUCCCAAUUUCCACCUACUACCUCCAGCCCCCUUACAUGUCUUUCCCCCGCACGAGGCUCGAGACAUCCGCUCCUGGCAUGGCCGGUAAGAGCAGGUUGGGACCCUUGAAAAGAAAAGAAAAGAAAAAUAACUGAAAACAAGCAAAACAGAAAGAAAAGGGGUUCCAACCAUCUUCAAAGAAAAUAGAGCACCUUGAAAAAUGUGAGUCCAUGAUCUUUUAUUUUAGAGAAUCUCUUCAUCCACGAUUCAUUUGUCCUCUGUUCACUGUUUGCCAUGAUGCCGACUCGAUAAGAAGCUUUGAGAUGACUUGUGCGUCGGUUGACCUCGUAAGUUGCUAAAUGAUCUAGGAAGUCCUCUACCUACGAUCUGGGUUGUUUGUUGCUAUAGAGGUCUGGAGAGUUGCAUUGGUUUGAGUUAGGUUUGCUUGGGGACAAGCAAACGGUUAAGUGUGGGGGAGUUUGAUAGCCCGUUAGUUACACAUGUUUUCACCCCUGUUCUUACACCGUUUGAGAUGUGGUUUCUCGUGUUUUAGACCGAUUUCACGCUAGGUUGUGUUUGUUUGUGAUAUUUCAGGUCCUGGCAAGUGAAUGAAGGUUUAGGAGCGAGUUCGGGGUCGAUUGGGCGAAGAUCGGGCGCAAGACAAGUCGCAAAGGAGGUCACACGGGCUACCCUGAUGUUCACACGGCCGCGCGAGAGGCCAGUCUGGCCGUGUGACAUUCUGCGAGAGCAGACACGGGCAGAGCAGCAGAUUGACAUGGCCGUGUAAGUGGCCGGGUUGGCCGUGCCACAUUCGCCGAGAGCAGACACGGGCAGAAGGAAGUCACACACGGCCGUGCCACACUGGCCGUGUAAGAAGCCUGGAAUUCGACUAAGUGAUACGGUGCGUUUUGUCUCACACGGGCAACUGGGUAGGCCACACGGUCGUGCCACCCUGCCUGUGUGAGUCGGGAUUUCCUGGUUUUAAGCCAAAUUCCGAACCAAAGAAGAGGAGAGCUGGGUUUUGGAUCCCAAACACCCAAGGGACGAACCAAAGAGAGAGAGGGCGAUUUGAGGGCAUUCUUGGAGUGGAGUUGGAGGAUUUCUUCGCCUUGGAAGCUCGAGGAACAAGCCCGGACUUGAAGACUGAUCAUCUGAAGAUUCUUACUGCAGUCUCUCUCUUCUCUAUGGAGUAACUUCCCUUCACUUAGGUUUUGAGGAACCCUAGCUAUGUUUGUUUGAUUGGAUGAUUGUAUGAGUACUCUGACUGGAUAAUCUUGAGUUCAUAUUCAAUCUAUGCAUGUUUUCAUGAUUCAAUUCUGCUUUAGUCGAGAUUAUUGAUUCUGCUUUGAUUCUAUGAGAGGGAAUACCUGAUUAGGUCAAUAGAGCACCAUAGAUUGAUAGUAGUGGAUCAAUUGCUUUAGUCGAGGGUUGAUUCACUGCUUUGUAUCGAUUGAGAACCUCUUUCGAUAGAGGGAGUCUAGUUCAGAACGCCUUGAUCAGUUGUUCUAGAGAAGGAUACGUCCCUCUAGGCAAUUGACUCAAGAGGGCCUUGUUCCUUUAGUCGAGACUCAAGGUCUAGUCAAGGAUUCUCCGCAUUGUGAAUGAAAGUGAAACAGGUUAGAGAUCAUCAAUCAUUAAUCUGGCUAGUGGCUAGGGGGAAUCAUACCUAAGUGAGUUCCCAACCUGUAAUUAGAUUAACUUUAACUGUAGUUUGCUAGAGUAGUUUUAGUUCUUUCAUCUUAAUCUGGUUUGCUAAAUAAUAAACUGAAGCUGAGUAAUAGUAACUCUAGAGACCCGUGGAUUCAAUAUUUAUCACUUGAGCCACUAUACUGCAGUCCCUUUCAUUGGUUACACUUGGCCUUUGUUAGGUGUUGUGUCGUAGCGAGUCACCUGCAUCUGAGAAAAAACGGCUUUUACAAUUUGUGAGUUUGCUCCUUACUCGCUCAACCAGGGUGGAGAAACCAGCUUCUUUGAUUUACCAAUCAUCGUGGGAAGGCCCAGGUAUUUUGCCAGCUUGUCAACCUCCUUGAUUUGCAGUUCUUGGCAUAUUUUUUUUCCUAUUGGCAUCGAUGUUCUUACUGAAAUAGACUUCUGACUUCUGUAGGUUGAUCCUUUGGCCUGACUCCACCUCAUAGAUAUCUAGGAUCUCUUUGAGUCUUCUUCCUUCCUCCAGAUUUGCUCUUGCAAAAAGAAUACAAUCGUCAGCAAAUAGGAGAUGUGAUAUAACAGGAGCUCUAUUGCAAAUUUUCAUUCCAUGUAACUUCCCAGUCUGUCCAUACUUUUUGAUCAAUCCCGAGACACCCUCUGAGCAUAACAAGAAUAGGUAUGGAGAGAGCGGAUCUCCCUGCCUCAGCCCUCUACUCGGUUGAAUUUUUUUAUUUAUGACCAUUAACUAAAACUGCAUAUGAAACAUAGGAAACAUAUUGCAUAAUCAGAUUAAUCCAUCUCUCAUCAAAUUCCAUUCUCCUCAUAACACGUUCAAGAAAAUGUCAUUCAACUCGGUCGUAGGCUUUUGCCACGUCCAGCUUGAGAGCCAUUGAUCCCUUCCCUCCUCUAGUCUUUUUCUUCAUUGCAAAAAAGCAUUCGAAAGCUGUAAUUAUGUUAUCAGUAAUUGACCUUCCAUGCACAAAAGCACUUUGUGCUUCACAUAUCAACUUAUCAAGAAUUCUCUUUAGUCAAUUUGCAUUUUGCAAUUGUCUUUGACGGGACUUUAUAAACCACAGAGCACAGACUUAUCGGUCUGUAAUCUUUGGGAGAAGUGGGAUUUUUAACUUUUGGGAUCAGAGCAAUGAGAGUCAUAUUGAGAGAGUCUGGAAAAAUACAUUGAUGCAGGAAUUCAGUCAGUUCGCUUGUGAGCCUCGGAGCCAACGUUUCCCAGUUCUUUUGAAAGAAGAGAGCAGAAAAACCGUCGUCCCCGGGAGCUUUUGUGGCCCCCGUCUGAAAUAAAGCCGAUUUGAUUUCUUCACUCGGGAAGGGCUGUAAUAAGAGAUGAUUCAUAUCUGCAGUUAUUUUAGUUUCGAUGGCUUCCACUGCCUUCCAAGGGAGUGUUGCUUUGGAAGAGAUCAAUGUAAUACUCCAACAUACAUUCUGUUACUUGUUCCUAAAUCCUGCCCAAUGAAAAUCUUACCCUGCUCAUUGCGGAGUCUUCGAAUUGUAUUCCUUUUCCUCCUUUCAGUAGCCCUGGCAUGAAAAGUAAAUAUUAAAAACAAAAUAACAUCGUUCAAUAUGUAUUGGUAUCAGCCAUACAAUUUACGAAGCAAGUUUACUCACAAUAGUUCUUAUUGUUUUAACAUGUAAUGUGACAUGUCGGGUCGUUGAAUAAGUAGGAGCAAGGCUCAAUGGUACAUCUCGCUCCAUGCAACACAUUGAAGAAUAACCACAUGUUUCUUGGAACCUCAAAACUCAGUCGAGUACCAUGAAAACUUGUACUAAAUGAGGAUCAAGAAAGCAAACACAUGGAACAUCUAGAGGUUUAUGAAGAAAUUUUUCAUAUUGUGUUUUCUUUAAUAUAUGUUUACUUCGGAA